UCAACACCACCUGAUUGCAAUUUAAUAUUGUGCAAAUUGAACGAACUACCGCACACCCCUUACAAAAACAACAACCUUUUAUGAAUUGAAUUCUCUGUUUCGAUAUUUAGUAUCACCAUUAUUUCCAUCUCUGGGGUGUUUAGAGUUAGAGAACACAACUCCCUUCAAAAUGUUCAAGAAAAAACCUACGGAGAAAGAGGUGAUGAGGCAAGUUGACAGGGAUCUGAAGAAUACACAGCGAGGUUUGGACAGGGACAGAGCUAAGCUGGAAAGGGAAGAGCAAAAGAUUACCCUUGAAAUUAAAAAAGCUGCCAAGCAAGGUAACAAACAGGCUGCUACAGUUCUAGCCAAACAGUUGGUCAACCUCAGGAAACAAAAGACAAGAAUGUAUGGAGCCAGUGCAAGGGUGUCGUCCGUCAAUACACAGGCAAAGACUAUGCAGUCAAAUAAAGCCAUGGCAACAGCUAUGGGAAACACAACUAAGGCAAUGAGUGCAAUGAACAAACAUGUCAGCCCAGAGAAGAUGAUGCAAGAUAUGAAGAAAUUCCAGAUGGAAUCGGACAAGAUGGAAAUGAAAGAAGAACUCAUGGAUGACACCUUAGAUGCCAUGUUUGAAGAAUCAGGAGAUGAGGAAGAGCAAGAUGCCAUUGUCAAUCAGGUCCUCGAUGAGAUUGGUAUCGAGGUAUCAGGAAAGUUAUCAGACGCGCCUACUGCCUCACAACGGCUACCAGCGAGCAGCGAAAGUUCAAAGGACGCCGAUCAAGAUAUAGAGGCGCAAUUAGCGAGGCUUUUAAAAAAUUAGCACCUUGGAUCGUGCAAGUCUUGCAUUUAUUCAGUUUGAUUAUAAAGCUUGGGGUCUGUUAAAGUGUGCAAAUUGUUUCCUGCUUUUGCGGUAGUAAGUACUCACACUUGGUACUUGGUACUUGUACUUGGUACUUGUGCUUGAGUAGUAUUCAAAGUUUUACUUUUAUUAGACUUUUACUCCGCUCACAAAAUACUCAACUGAAAAAUAAACUAUACUUGAAGGGUGUGGGACUCGUCUGUUGGUUCUUGGCUGUUGGAAUUGAUACUCAUUUGUUGGACUUGGUACUCAUCUGUUGGACUUGGUACCUUGAUGUUGGACUUGGUACUCAUCUGUUGGACUUGGUACUCGGAUGUUGGACUUGGUUCUCAUCUGUUGGAAUUGGUACUCUGAUGUUGGACUACGUACUCCGAUGUUGGACUUGGUACUUGGCUGUUGGAAUUGGUACUCGGAUGUUGGACUUGGUACUCAUCUGUUGGACUUGGUACUCGGAUGUUGGAAUUGGUACUCGGAUGUUGGACUUGGUACUCAUCUGUUGGACUUGGUUCUCAGAUGUUGGACUUGGUACUCAGAUGAUGGAAUUGAUACUCAUCUGUUACACUUGGUAGUCUUGUUUGACCUGGUACUUGGAUGUUGGACUUGGUACUCAUCUGUUGGAAUUGAUACUCAUCUGUUAGACUUGGUACCUGGAUGUUGGACUUGGUACUCAUCUGUUGGAAUUGAUACUCAUCGUGUACUUGGUACCUGGAUGUUGGACUUGGUACUCAUCUGUUGGACUUGGUACUCAGGUGUUGGACUUGGUACUCAGAUGUUGGAGUUGGUACCUGGAUGUUGGACUUGGUACUCAGAUGUUGGAAUUGAUACUCGUCUGUUGGAUUUGAUACUCAUCUGUUGGAAUUGAUACUCAUCUGUAGGAAUUUGGUACUCAUCUGUUGGUCUUGGUACUUGGCUUUUAGAAUUGGUUCUCGGAUAUCAGAAUACUUGGUACUAUGAUACUUGUACUUGUACUUGUACUCAAUGGCCCAAGUUCUCAUACUCAAGUACUAACCAGCCAUCCUUGUACUAGGCAGUAUUUGAUUCUUGACUGAACAAUACUUUGAUGACAACACUAUUUCAUUCACACAUGUUAAAGCAAGCUGCAAAAACUGUGAAAGACCGGAAUUCGCACUAGGUGUAACCCCAACAUAUACAUCAUUCCAUGAAAUUAUACGAAAAAGAUACUUUGGAAUUGAGUAUUCGGUUUGAAUACUUGCAAGAUUUGUACUGGUAACUGUACAAACAUAUUUUAUUAUGGUAGUUUAUCUGUGAAUACUGCUUGUAUAUAUACAUAAGUAUGAGUUUUUAUGUAUGAGAUAUUACAAGAGAUGUUAAAUUUGCAUCAGGGAUAAAGAAUAUUCAUUUUGGUUUUUCCCAUACAGAUGGUAUGACACU